AUGAAACUAGUUAAACUUUCACUUUUGGGUUGGACUUUAUUGUAUCUUACUUCUGCUACUCAAGGAAAGCACGGACAUCAUCAUCAUAAUAAGGAAAGUAAGGUACAUGUUACUUCACCAUUCGGUCGUCUCGAAAACUUUGGUCCUGAACUUAACCAUCGACAUUAUGAAGCACCUUCAAUAGAAAAAUAUGGAACAUUUUCCGGACCUAGUUUAUUUGAUCCUAAUAAAAUUGCCACAAAUUUUAUUAAAACCAAAUUACAUCCCGAAACUGAUUUUAUCAUUAAAAAUAGUUAUAAAUCCGAACAUAACGGAGUUACUCAUAUUUACUUUAAACAGAUUGUAAAUGGAUUACCAGUUUCUAAUAGUGAUUUAAAUGUUAAUGUUGAUCGAUUCGGUAGAAUUAUAUCUUAUGGUGAUUCAUUCGCUAAUCCGAAGAAAUCUUCCUUUUCAAAAAGACCUUUACCUCGACCAUCAAAAAAUCAUGAAGAAGAAAAAUUAAUUGAUCAGAUUAACAAUAAAGAAUUCGUAGGUGGAUCACAUCAUUCACAAUUUACAUUGAAUAAACGAAAAAAUGGUAAUAAUGAUCGUCGUCAUUAUGAAUCUUACGAAUCCAAUGAUUUGAAUUAUAAUAUUAUUAAUGAUAAAAGUGAAGUAAUUUCACCCGAAAAAGCAUUACAAUCAUUUAUGCGUUUUAUUGAUAAGGAAAUAACCCAUCCGGAGAAGAUAACAUAUACUGAAUAUAAUUCACUUGAUAAUAGUGAACCAAAAAUUUUACUUUCCAAUGUACCAUUUUCACUUUCCGACGUAAAAAUGAGUCAAGCAUACAUUCAAACGGAUGAACAAUUAUUACAACUCGUUUGGGAAAUUGAAAUCGAGAUGGAAAAUAAUUGGUAUAAUGGACAUAUUAAUGCGCAUACUGGUAAAGUGAUGGCAUUAAUGGAUUGGGUAUCUGAUGCGACAUAUAAUGUAUUUCCAUUCGGAAUCAAUGAUCCAUCAGAUGGAGAUAGAAAAUUAGAAGAAAAUCCUCAUGACAUAAUUGCAUCACCUUACGGAUGGCAUUCACAGGGUAAAAAAAAUUUUACCAAUACAAUAGGUAACAAUGUUUACGCUCAUGAAAAUUUAAAAGGAAGAUAUGAAUGGGAAAAUAAUUACCGUCCUGAAGUGGCGGGAAAUUUCCAACAAGAUAAUCAUGGAAAAGGAGGCUUAGAUAAAGAUCCAGUAAUCGCGAAUGCACAAGAUGAUGGUCAACAUGGUAAAAUGCGUAUGUACGUCUGGAAUGUUAUUUCUCCUUGGCGAGAUGGUGGACCAGCCAAUAGUGGUUGUCUUGGAUGGGGAGAAUCAGGUGGUAUGGGAGAAGGAUGGGGAGAUUUCUUUGCUACUAUAUUCAGAAUGAAUUCAAGCCAUACUCGUACUAAAGAUUUUGGUAUGGGUGAUUGGGCAAAUGGUGGAGAAGGAAUAAGAAAAUAUCCGUAUUCAACUUCUUUAAAAACCAAUCCAGAAACUUUUAUUUAUUUGGAUAAACCUGGUUAUUGGGGUGUACAUGCUAAAGGAGCUGUUUGGGCAGAAAUUUUAUAUGAAGUAUACUGGAAUCUUGUUGAUAAACAUGGAUUUACCUCAGAAUGGCUUCCACCAGUUGAUAAUAAUCCAACUUCAUUUUUCAAUUGGUAUUCAAAAAGAUUUUUAGUUAAUGCCAUUAAAACACCUAAACAUGGUAAUACUCUAACUUUACAAUUAGUGGUGGAUGGUUUAAAAUUACAACCUUGUAGACCAUCAUUUAUUGAUGCUAGAAAUGCUAUAAUUCAAGCUGAUGAAAUAUUAACAAAUGGUGAUAAUCGUUGUGAGAUUUGGAAAGGUUUUGCUAAAAGGGGUUUAGGUGUAAAAGCUAAAGUUAUUACUGUCGUAAUUGUUUUAACAGCAAUAGUAGUGAUAGUCGUGGUAUUAGUGGAAGAAGGUGGUGAUGAUGGUUCAGAUUGA